AUGAGCGAUCGUCUUGAGGACCAAGAAUACACAGACCUCCCCUCGGCAGGCUUCAAGGGUAGCGACCUCCCUCCUCUGGUGACAGACGAACCUCCUCGUGUGCUGAUUGCUGGCGCUGGUCUGGCUGGUCUCUUCCUUGGUAUCCUCCUGGAGAAAGCAGGAAUUCCCUUUGAGAUAUUUGAGCGCUCCUCAGAGAUCAAACCCCUUGGCGCCAUCAUGUGUCUGUCUCCAAACAUCCUCCCUGCAUUUGAGCAAUUAGGUCUCUACGAAGAGCUCAUGUCGUUUUCAAAGAAGGGUAUCUACGCAACCUACUACACCGACCAGUUGAAAGUUAUUGCCAGACAUGACAGCACUGACGGUGAACUAACUGGUUAUGAGCGCAUUUUGUUCGCUCGUCCCCAGCUUUACGACAUGUUGUUCCGAGAUAUUCCCUCAAACAAAAUCCAUAUGUCUAAGAAGAUUCUUUCGUUCCAACAGAACCACGAGGGCGUGAUGCUCCGUUUCAGUGACAAUACUACCAUCCAUGGGGACAUCCUCGUCGGCGCCGACGGAGCACAUAGCGCAAUCCGUCAACACUUGUACAAAACUCUAGACAAACAAGGAUUGUUGCCCAUGGCUGACGCAAAAGCCAUGAGCAGAGGGUAUAUUUCGCUAGUGGGAACAACACGUCCUCUCGAUCCAGUCAAGUACCCCAGUCUUCUCAAGGACGACUGCGAAACCUCGUUUAUCCUAGGCGACAAUAAGUCACCAUACACAUGGGCGACAUUCACAAUCCCUGGCAAUAAGAUUUGCUGGAAUGUCAUUAUUCAGCUCGGGAUCGCUGAGAUCGCGGACGACCAAUUCCGAUCGUCAGAGUGGGUUCCUGAACAGAGCUUGGGAAUGAUGGACUCAAUCCGGCACUUCAAAACCCUCUAUGGUACCUUAGGCGAGCUCUUUGACGUUACUCCGAUUGAAGGCGUCUCCAAGGUGUAUUUUGAGGACAUGUUGUUUGAGACUUGGACGCAUGGAAGAACCGUCUUGAUCGGAGAUGGUGCUGGAGCGGUCAACGCAAUGCAAGACGCUGUUCUCCUCGCUAACCAUAUCUACGACAUUACGCCCACCAGUUUCGACAAUAUCAAAAAUGCACUAAACAACUACAAAGAAGAGAGAUUCGAUGCCGUCAAGGAUCAGUACCCUCAAUCCUAUAUUAGCGCCAAGCUAAUGUAUGGACAUACACUCUCCGAGCGUCUCCUCCGUCAAGUCGUGUUCAACUGGAUGCCCAAAUCAGUAAUGAGGAAACAGUUGUCAAAGAACACAGCCUAUCGCCCCCAGGCAAACUUCUUGCCUCAGGCGCCCAAGCGAGGAACUGUGGAGAUCAUCCCUCAAUGGCAGUCGAAGCGUGUUCAAAAGGAAGGGGAGGCAAAGGCGAAUACGGCUACAGCCCUGUAG